AAAACACCCCUAAAAGAAACACACUGUUGCUUGCUCUAACUAAUCACACUGUUUAAAACCGGCGCAAGAUGUGACCACUUCAGCGAGUUUUUUUCAUUUUGGUCACUGUUGAGGUGUGUGUGUUCCUGUCGUAUCGACUGAAGAAAAGUAGUGCUUUAGACAUAAACAGUAAAAAAUGACAGUGUUAAACACAACCGUUGAGGCCGUAAGAUCAGCAAAUAGUGCGUCGUCCCAAUGUCAAGAAAUCGGGAUAAUGAGUCAUCUCCUAGUCCAAAUAAUCUUCUACAUCCUUUACUCCGCCAUAUUUCUUUUAGGGCUAUUCGGCAACAUUCUCGUAUGUUACAUUGUUUAUUCAAACAAAGCCAUGCAAACAGUGACGAAUCUGUUUAUAACGAACUUGGCUCUCUCGGAUAUCUUGUGCGUCCUGUGUGUACCCUUCACUCCUUUGUACACGUUCUUAAGAAAGUGGAUAUUCGGCAGUUUGACUUGCCAUCUAGUCGGAUACGCUCAAGCAACUAGCGUUUACAUUUCAACUUUGACCCUCACUGCGAUUGCUAUUGAUCGUUUCUUCGUCAUUCUCCAUCCUCUGCGACAACGAAUGAAACUCCAUACGUGUCUCCUGAUCCUGCUGGGCAUCUGGGUGUUCUCCAUGCUGGUCACCCUGCCCUACGGCAUUUGCAUGCAGGUGGAGGUGGAGUCCGAGGGCUGUAUCGUGUGCGAGGAAAACUGGCCUUACGAAAACUUCGAAGUCGCUUUCGGUUCUUUCACCCUCGUCAUGCAAUUUAUCAUCCCAUUUUGCAUCAUCGGGUACUGCUAUUCCCGAAUUUCGGGCCGUCUCAACGAGAGGGCAAAGUCCAAGCCGGGCACUAAAAGCGCGAGACGCGAGGAGGCCGACAAGGAGAAGAAGAAGAGGACCAACAGGAUGCUCAUAGCCAUGGUCACAAUUUUCGGCAUCUGUUGGUUUCCUCUCAAUUUGAUCAAUGUGGUGCAUGAUUAUUAUGUGUUUGAACGGGGGUCCUACUUCCACUUGUUCUUCUUCCUGGCUCAUUGCCUGGCCAUGUCUUCUACUUGCUAUAACCCCUUUUUGUACGCGUGGCUCAACGAAAAUUUCCGAAAGGAGUUCAAAGUGAUCCUGCCGUGCAUUUUGCGAAGCGCAACGAAUCGGUACUGUAAUGGUGAUGAGCGCACUUUAGACACUCUUUUACACUCCACCGUGUACACGUCACCGGCUAAACACUUAGAACCACGUGAACCGAUAGCUGAACCCAUUCCUCAAACUCAAGAAUAUAACCUGUAA